AUGAAGAGACAUCUUCUGACACUGUUAUUCUUCUUUCUCCUUCUUGACACAUCUCUUUCAAUAUCGCUGGGACCUGUAGCUAAAAUAAUCUUAAGGAACCCCGCCAUCAAGAGAUUAUACAAGCGUCAGCUUCCGAAAAAGGCACUCCAUACCGGAUUCGACUAUUUGAAAAACCAGAGCACCCCUCCACCACCGCCAGGUGCGCCGGAGGAGAAAAUCCAAGGCCUCCAUUUGGUGAAACAAUAUCUCAACGAUUACGGUUACAUCCAAGACUCCGACAAUUACACAGAUCUAAUGGACCAGGACACCGUUUCUGCCAUCAAAACCUAUCAAACCUUCUUCAAUCUUAACGUCACCGGAUACCUCGAUGACGAGACUCUUCAGCAGCUUUCGCUGUUUCGAUGUGCUGUCCCGGACGUUAACUUCAACUACUCUCUCUCCCCUACCAACAACGUGUCGUGGCCUAAAGGGAAAAACUGGUUCUCUAACCGCACCAAUCUCACCUACGGCUUUCUCCCGCAGAGCGAUAUCCCAGAGAACUUCACCGCGGUGUUUAAAGACUCAUUCAAGCGGUGGUCAGACGCUAUAACGCCGGUACUAAACCUAACACUCACUGAGACAAGGUACGACUAUGCAGACAUCAAGAUAGGAUUCUACAUAUUUAAUAACAUGACGGUGGGCAAUGAGGUAGUAGGGGGCAGCGUCAUAGAACUUGUUUCAGGUAACCAAGAUGUUACUGUUGGGGACAUGCUUUUGGAUGCUACAAAGUACUGGGUACUUCCCAAUGACACUCUUAAACUUAACAGCUCAACGCUAGAGGAUGGUAUAAUGGACUUGGGUUCUGUGGCGAUGCACCAGAUAGGGCAUCUUCUUGGACUUUCACACUCCUCUCUAAAUGAAUCGGUUAUGUAUCCUUAUAUUUUGCCUCAAAACCAGAAGAAGGUGCAGCUCUCAAACGAUGAUAAACAACAAAUCAAACAAGUUUAUUCCACCCAUGCAAGUGGAGUUGGGACCCGUAAUUGGGGAUUCAUUACCGUUCUCUCACUUGGAUUUGCAUGCAUGUUCCUGUUGUACUAG